AUGUCGUCAGCGGCGCAACAGUACCGUAAUGAGAAGCAAUUCAUUGAGGAGGCGAUUGCCAAAGUUCGCGAAGUGGUCCACACUGCACCCAAAAACGACAUCAUCCUUGCCUUGCAUGAUUUCGAUUUCGACGUCAACAAGACCAUCCAGGCCUUCUGCGAUGAUGGAGCACAGAGCGCACUGGAUGCCUGGGAAAGACCGGCAGCCGGAACGAACAAGAAGAAGAACCAGAAGAAAAAGCAUAAGAAGACCAAAGAACAUCGUUAUGCAGCAGCAGCAGUGCCAUCCACAAUCUCAUCCGCAGUAUCUGCACCGCCUUCUGCUCUCAAGCCGAUGGAUGAAACGAUCGUAGCUCCGAUUACUAACGGUGAGAAUACACUGCCUUUAGUGCUUCUGUCAUGA